CAUGAAAGGCUUGGGGACCAACCGUAACAGACAUCUGUCUGAUUCCUGUGACCCUUCCACAGGCCAUUCAGAGGCCCUCUACCCUCAGAAGACCAGCACGCUACCACGCAGCCCUUACCUGCUGAGCCCGACAAUGGACCACUAUGGCACCAUGGACCCCCACCUUUACCCCUCAGCCGCUCCAGGUUCCCUUCCACCAGAUUGCAUGCUGCCCCUCAACAACCAGCUGUCCAACAGCAGCACCUUUCCCCGGAUUCACUACAACUCCUAUGACCAGUCUGACUUCUCUCCUCCUGGGGACAGUAUUGGGGGCAUAAGUACAGGGACCUUGGGGACUUCCAUGUCCAUGGGCAUGGGAACAGGUAUGGGCAUGGCAGGGCUGAGUGCACGAACGCCUAUGAUAACAAGCGGCUCAGCAACUAUAUCACAUCAUAUGACCAAGAAUCAGGCACCACCCAGUUUGCUGGAUUUUGAGAAACAGUUACCUGGAGGCCGUGAUGGAUUCAGCACAUUGCAGUUUCAUAGAACGUCUGCUGUUGCAGCUGCCAAGCAGCGUACAGACAGUCCUGGACGUAUUCGUUACAUGCUGCACUCAGUGCAAAAGCUCUUUGCAAAGUCCCAGUCACUGGAAAGCCACAACAUGAAAGGAAAUGUCAAUGGACGUUCUACUGGCAGCGGUGGAGGGUCAUCUAGCACUGAGGACGGAGGAAAGCAGAAUCGUAGAUCCAAAAGUAAGGAUCGGGGUACAAAAUCAGAGGCGACUGCCAAGCGACGGCCACGUUCCAACAUGUCAGGAUACUGGAGCUCAGAUGAUUUGGACAGCAGCGAUUUGAGCAGCUACCAUAACACCAUGGCCAUGAUGACUCUGGGACGUCCAACAGGCCAUGACAGCCAGGGGGGGCAGAGCAGAUACAUCCACAGUGGCUACAACACCAUUAGUUCCUCUAAAAGCAGCAAUGACAUGAAAUAUCAGACACUUUCUGGACCUGGUGGUGGAGUUGGUGGUGGACUAGGUGGACCCGCAAGUUUGUUGAUGAAUGAUAAUGAGUAUAUGAAAGGAGGGUCUUGGUCCACAUUGACCAUGGGACAACCAAGACAGGUGAUCCAGAAGGGCUCAGCUACUCUGGACCGGUCUAUGCUCAAGUCAAAGUCCUGCCAACAGGAACUAACCUGCAACUAUCUGCAGGUUGGAAGAAGGGGUGAUUGGAGCAGCACAUUAGGCCGUAGCGGGGGUGCCAUUGAAAUCCCAUGUCGGCGGAUGAGGAGUGGUAGCUAUGUAAAGGCUAUGGGAGACAUGGAAGACAGCGACGACUCUGAGGGAAGCCCCAAACCCUCACCAAAAUCUGCUGCUCGCCGCCAGAGCUACCUCAGGGCUACCCAGCAGUCUCUGAGCGACCAGCUACCCCCACGCAACAGAACCCUGGAUUUCACCUUGUUGCAGGGGGAGCUGGAUGCCCUGUGGUCUCCACUCCACAGUGUGUCCUCUCUGCACCAGCUGGGCAGGUCAAUGAGCAGCUGUCUUCCAUCUCUCAGAGAGCUCUCCAAUAAUCGCAGCCUGGACAACCUGGACUGCAUUGGGGGUCCCGGCUCAUCUUUGCCACCGUGGGAUGAUGAUGACUUCAGCCAGGUGUGCAGCACUUUGGGCAGGCGUAAUGUCAUGGGACAGCUACGAGACCUAGAGAGGAGUCAUCAUUACGAAGACCGCAGCUCAGAGUCUACAUUCAGAGAUUCCCGUUCCCAUUCUCAGGACAACUCAGAACCGCCGGAUCUGCCCAUGCCAACAUGCUUCCGAUCCCGCAGCCACAGCUACCUGAGAGCCAUCCAGGCUGGCUGUUCCCAAGACGACGACACAGCGUCCAUAGACUCAGGCUGCUCUCCACCUCCAACUGACACCACUGUUCGCACCUACAGCACCAGCACUGACGACCUGUCUGCACACUGGAAGACAUGGAAAGAACAGUUUGGCUCUUACCUGAUAGCCUCAGGCUUGGACAAAGCCCCAAAGGAGAAACAACUUGCAAUUUUUCUUCAGCGAUUCGGAACAGACAGACCACGCAUCCUACCCACACGCACAGUCUCCACAUGCAUAACCACCUGUAAGAAGGCUGCUCCUCCACCAGUGCCGCCCCGUACAACCUCCAAGCCCUACAUCUCUGUGACGGUACAGAGCAGCACAGAGUCGGCCCAGGACAACUACUUGGACCAGCAGGACAGGAGAUCAGAGGUCAACAGCCAGUCUAGCCACGCUCACAGCAACUCUUCUGACAGUCUUGACAGUACCCGUGCCAACAGCCUGGCCCGGGGUAUUUCCCGCCCUCCGCACAUCAUCCCCACGCCCAUCGCUACCCCAAGAGAGCCAAUCACCCCCGCCACCGCCAAUGCUUCCACUGAGACAAGUGACUCAGUAGUCCAGCAUGAAUCUGUCAAAUCAGGAUUAAAUAAAGGGAAUCUAGUGGCAGAGGAGCCCCUAGUAGCCCCAAUACCCAGACGGAAACUGUCCUCCAUUGGGAUACAGGUUGACUGUAUUCAGGAAGUUCCACGAGAGGAGACCCCACCACUGGCCAAAUUUCAGUCAAUUGGAGUACAGGUGGAGGACGGGUGGCAGCUCAGUCGCUCCAGUAGCAUGGCUUCAAAACAAGAAACAGACUCAGACACACAAGACUUCCCUAUCAUUUCCCAUAUCAAUAAUGCCAAACCCUUUGAGAAGAAAGUCAUGGUCAAUAGUGCCAGCCAGUCCAUGAGCUCCCCUCCAGGACAAGACUCUUUAGACAACGGAGACCCCACUGGUGACAACUCGUCACCUCCUCCACCCAGACAGAUCCUCAACCGCUCCACCACGCGAAGCAGCUCUUCCUCUUUCUCAGAAAGUCUGGAUCCAGCACUGGACCCUUCGUCUCUACCGCCUCCAGACCCCUGGCUGGACAGUGGGAAUGGGAGUAACAGCAGCGUCCCCCAGAGCGGAGGAGGGGGAACGCUGUGUCGGAGAGACGGCCACUGGUUCCUGAAGCUGCUGCAGGCCGAGACGGGACGCAUGGAAGGCUGGUGCCGGCAGAUGGAGCAGGAAACCAAAGACAACCAGCUCUCAGAGGAGGUGCUGGGGAAGGUCCGCAGUGCAGUAGGAAGCGCUCAGCUCCUUAUGUCUCAGAAGUUCCAGCAGUUCCGCGGACUGUGUGAACAAAACUUGAAUGUGAAUGCCAACCCACGGCCCACAGCCCAGGACCUGGCUGGCUUUUGGGACCUGCUGCAGCUCUCCAUCGAGGACAUCAGCCUCAAGUUCGAUGAGCUCUACCAUCUCAAGUCCAAUGACUGGCAGCCCGUUCCAUCUGCGGCUGCCCAGUCGCCCCCUGAGCGGAAGGAGGAGGAGAAGGCGACCCCUCCAGUGUCAAAGAAACCUGGUAAGGGACGACCAUUGCUGGGCCGCGAGAAGAGCGCCGACUCUUCUUCCACCUCUUCUUCGGCCUCGGCAGAGAAGCAGAGACAAGAGGCUCGCAAGCGACUGCUGGCUGCUAAGAAAGCUGCCUCGUUUCGCCAGAACUCCGCCACAGAGAGCGCAGACAGCAUCGAAAUUUAUGUCCCCGAGGCCCAGACUCGUCUCUGAGAGAAACGAUGAGCGAGAAGGCUGUAAGGUCGGAUCAAAGGACAGAUAAGUGUCGCUGAAACACCUGGAUGAAGGAGAGGAUUUUUUUUUUUUUUUGCAAUGCAAAUGAGCUACUUUGAGCACAGACGGAUGGAGAUGGGGGAUGGAGAGAUUCCCUGAGAGUGGGGUUUGGGGUUUUUGACACAUUCAUACGAUUAUAGGCUGGUCCUGGUGGCAUCGAAUAAUAUUUAAUGAACUGAAACACUGAUUUUUUUUUUGUUUUUUUUGUGGACCCAACAGACUAUGAAGCAGGAGACUUCUCAUUUGAGGCUGCCAUUGAAAACCUCAGCUGAUGAACGUUGUCACUUCUUGUUACUAUUCUUGAUAUCAUAAAAAUUGUUAAUGAAGGUAUUGUUAUUAUGACAAUUAUAUCCUAAAGAAUCUAUAUGAAGACUGUUUUAAAAGUUCCUGUAUCUUGGCUAUAAGAUCUAUUAAGUGGACAGAAGGCAAGCAUUAAUGCUUUACUGUCUCCCAUCGUCCUGCUCUCUUCCCAGAUCAUUGGCCAUCUUGUAGCUUUGCACAACACCACCUUGUGGCCAUCACACACACUACAAACUCACCUAUGUAUGUCUUCCUUGUAUUUGUUUACUUUAAUCAUCCUUUGAUUUAUAUAAAAAUCCAUUUAGAUCAGGUUACUCUGAAUAUUUUUGGUAUGAUGAAACUGAAAGUCAGGUUUGAAUGGGGUAUUUAUAUAGUUCCUAGCAAUUAACUCUUUGUGUGUGUCUUUCAGAAUGUUUUGUGUCAAAUAUUUUAAACACUGAUGAGAAUCUGUAAAGCUGAGUUUCUUAAAGCUUUUGAAUGAAAGCACAUCCCAAUAUUACCCAAGACCGAGCAUGAGGAUUUCUAAUUUCAGGAAUGACAGUGACCAUGAUGUUUUUUUUUCUUUGUAGGGGAAACUUUAAACUCCAUCCUUUUCUUUUUCUCUCCAUCAUUACCUUUUGGUUUUCAUAUUUGUGCUAUAACUGCAGAUGCGUUAGUAUUGCAGGAUUUUUGUUCCAUCUAUUUAAUACUUCUUUAAGUGCUUUUAUUAGCCUCACUUAGCAUUCAACUCGUACAUCUCAAAUGAAUCUAGGGCUUUUAUCAAAGUCAUGCAGCAGGCUGAGUAUGCAGGUUAAUGUUUCCAAAAGCAUUUUGAUUUAUUUUGCUUCCCGUCACUCGACAAAAUCAAUCUGAGUCCUUUGUUACCGUCAUUGUUUCCCCCACUGAACAGCACACAAAGUAUCUGCACUUUUUUUACUCAAAACAAAUUUUUCUAAUUAAAGCAUUACAUACUUUA